AUGCUCAAAACGCUGUCGCUCGUGUUUGUGCUCAUAUUUGGUCUCCUCUUCCGCCUUGAGAAAUUUAACUGGAGACUCGUGGUGAUCGUCGCCAUCAUGACGGUACUGGUGGCGAUGAUGGGGAAGACCCCUGAGGCUGGCUCCAAGCACGAUCCGGUGGGGGUCAUCUGUAUUUUGGUGGCACUGUGUAUGCUGGGCCUCCGGUGGCUGCUCACCCAGAUCUUGCUUAAACGCAACCAUAACCCUUACACUAACACGUCGUUUUCAACUAUAUUCUACGUGCUGCCUGGAAUGGCACUUCUCUUGUUUGUGGUGGGGUUAUUCGCCGAAGGAUGGGGUGAUUUCGUCGCCGCCGAAGUAUGGCAAGAUAAGGGGGUUGCCCUUACCCUUGUGCUCAUGCUCUUCCCCGGGGUGUUGGCGUUUGCCAUGACCUACUGUGAGUUCAUGCUUUUGAAAGUGGCCCAGGUGUUGACGAUGCUGAUAGCGGGGAUGCUCAAGGAGGUGUUGACCAUCGUCGCCUCCACCGUGCUCUUUGGCGACAAGUUGAGCGGGCUCAACGUUGUGGGCCUUGUGCUCACUUUGGCCGACGUGUUGUGGUACAAUUUGUACCGCUACCAAGUGAAAGACAGCGACGCCGACCCCACCCCGAUAACCUACGUCGCCAUCGACCACGACGAACCCCGCUCGCCGAGACCCCUGGUGGAAAUGAGAAGACUCUGA